AUGUCAUCAUUUCGCCAUCCACAGUCGACACCGUCAAGGACUCAAGCGGAUUAUGCCAUGAAAGCUCCGAAGCCACCUGAUCGGCCACUGGUCCCCUAUAUGCGAUAUAGCCGCAAGAUGUGGUCAAAGGUUCGUGCUGAAAAUCCUGAAGCACAACUUUGGGACAUCGGUAAGAUCAUCGGCCAAAUGUGGAGGGAUAUUCCGGAUUCGGACAAAGCUGUUUAUCAGCACGAGUAUGAAAUUGAAAAGGCGAGUUUUUCCUGCAUUAACCAUUUCCGAUUUAUUAACCAUUCCCAUGGUUCGUUCAAUCGUUUUGUUUACGGUUUUCUUUUAUUUAUGCUAUCGAAUUCCAUAUGGUCGAAUAAUGAGAAAGCUUUCAAGGCCUAUCAAAACUCGCAUGCUUAUCAACAAUAUGUAAACGCCAAGGUUUGUUUCGUAAGUCUUACCAUGAACUCGUUUGAUUUCUUAUAG